AUGUCCAAACCCAAGCUCUUUCAACCGCACAAACUCGGCUCACUGAACCUGGCCCACCGCGUCGUGCUGGCCCCCCUGACGCGUUUUCGCGCCGACAAGGACCACAUCCGCGGCGAGCUCGCGAAAACGUACUACGAACAGCGCGCAAGCGUGCCCGGCACGCUCCUUAUCACCGAGGCGACCUUCAUCGCCGCUAAGGCCGGCGGCUACGACCACGUCCCAGGCAUAUGGAGUGAAGCUCAGAUUGCGGGAUGGAAACGGGUGGUAGAAGCCGUGCACGCCAAAGGCUCCUACAUCUUCCUUCAACUUUGGGCUCUUGGGCGCGCGACGGACGUUGUCUCCGCGUCGGACGUGCCGAUAAAUGGCUCCAAAUCCAUCCCGCGCCCGCUCACCGUGCCCGAAAUCAAGGAGUACGUUCAACUGUAUGCGACCGCCGCCCGCAACGCAGUGCAUGGAGCUGCGUUCGACGGGGUCGAGAUUCAUGGUGCCAAUGGCUACCUUAUCGAUCAGUUUAUUCAGGAUACCAGCAACAAGCGCACGGACAAAUACGGCGGCUCUAUUGAGAACCGCAGCCGGUUCGCGCUCGAGGUCGUUAACGCUGUGAUCGAAGCUGUCGGAGCUUCGCGCACUGGUAUUCGUCUAAGUCCCUGGAGCCCGUUCCAAGACAUGCGCAUGGCAGACCCUGUCCCGCAGUUCUCGCAACUUACCUGCGCCAUCCGAGACCUGCACCCGGACAUGGCGUACCUCCACGUCGUUGAACCGCGCACGUCCGGCUCGGACGACUGCGAGUCGCAUCACCAUGACGAGUCCAACGACUUCGCGCGUGACAUCUGGAGGGGAAACGGUAGGGCGCUCAUUAGCGCUGGCGGGUACAACCGGGAGAAGGCAAUUGCAGUCGCGGAGGAGAAGGGCGAUCUGGUGGCCUUCGGGCGGACGUUCAUCUCCAAUCCUGAUCUGCCACUACGACUGAUCAAUAACAUCCCCUUGACGCCGUACAACCGCGACGUGUUCUAUCUGCCUGAAAACCCGAUGGGUUACGUUGAUUACACUUUUGCUACCUAG